AUGGCACCGCCUCGGGAGGGCCCCUCUCAUGCCAGCAGCCCACGGCGCCCUAAAGCGGGUCGAAAACGGGGCUGGCCUCCGGCUCCUUCCCGCUUCCCUUUUGCUGCUCCACUGAAGCCAGGCGCUGGAGGCCCCCCAAGGGGAGAAAGCCAGGCAGUGGGUACGAGUCCCUCCCCCAAACUCCCCGCUUUCUCCCCUCCUCCGGCUCCCAAGCCUCCUGCUUUCCCUUCCUCCCCCUCGACAGCGACGGAGAAAAGGAUCUGCCCUUCGUUGCUGUGCCAGGCAAGCGGACAGCGAAAUGGGCAUCGAGACUUGGCUGGCUUCUCCCUCUGCCGCUGCGGUUUUCCUGUUGUUCAGGCCCACAUGGGGAUGCUGAUAACAAGACUGGACAGCAGUACUUGCCAAGACUUAGGUCGAUGGGCCUAAAUGGAUAAAAUAGAAAUAUUGGAAUAUCUUGUGUGUAUUUGUUUAUCCUUCUCCCCAAGCUAUUUGUGUCACAGCCAAAUGUGCCAUGAUGGAUUUGAAGUGGAGUGGUCCACGUCCACUAUAAAUAAACAAGCACAUUAAUAAAUAAAUAAAAAUACAGAAAUCCAAA